AUGGCUAGCCAUAUUCCCGUGGCAGUGGGUCUUGUCUAUCUUGCCAACAUCACAAACACUCCGGAAGGCCUUUCCAGCUCCUGUAUCCAGGUGCUGAAUCAAGGAGUCGACUGUGACGCUGUGAUUCUGGACAUUGAUGCAGCGUUCUACGAAACUGAUGCGGUAUUGGAAUCUUUGUGCACAACCGCUUGCACUACUGCUCUCACGACGUAUCAGCGGAGAGUUGCCGGUGCAUGCGGCACCAGCAGGUAUACUGACCAUGAAGGAUGGUCGUAUCUAGCUACAUACGACUUUCAAGAGCGCUAUGAGGCGUACCAAGCUGUCUGUCUCCAGGACUCGUCUGGUCGAAGAUGCAACGCCGCGAUUCGUGACGCUCUUCACAUCGAUCCAGAUGCGAUGACAACUUCAGCGGCCCCAGAGCCGACUCUUGCCUGCGACAAUUGUUUCCUCUCGAGCAUUGCGUUGCGCAUUCAACAACCCCUUGCGACUGACGACUUAAUGGCAUCGAAGUUUUCUUCUUUAACUGCAUCUUGCGGUAGCACUACAAUAGCCAUUACAACUCCAGUAGAGUCAACCUGGGCAAUCCCCCCGACCUCUGAGUCUACAUCAACUCCCGAAUGCUUGGGAACCACAUACACGAUCCAGUCUGGUGACACCUGCUUGAGCAUUUCCAAGAGCCGUGGUGUCAGUACCUCGCAGCUCCUGGCUGCUAAUCACCUUCCGGCGUUCUGUUCCAACUUCCCUCGUACUGGAACGAUCUGUAUUCCCGACAGCAUCUCCUGCAAGACGUACGAGAUGGUCAAGGGCGACAAAUGUCGCGACGUAGCGUCGAAGAACGACAUCAGCUGGACACAGGUCGUAACCUGGAACCCUGAGCUCGGCGAGGCUUGCGAAUACAUUGAUAACUUUGCGUCCAGAGGCUAUAUUCUCUGCGCCUCGAAUCCCGGAGGAUCCUGGGUGCAUCCAUUCCCCGAGGAUGAGGUCGACAUGCCUUUGCCAAAGACAACCGCCAUCCACCCGUGA